AAUAUCCAACAACUAGAGACUGGUUUCUAGAACACUGAGCGCGGCAGUUGAUAGACCGAAUCACAACAGGAUGGCUUCUAUAAUCACAAACAGCCUCAGCUUGAGCUUCGUCUGGCUGAUUGUCGUCUGGCCAGAACUGGCGCUAGCACAGCGCAGUUGUCUGACACCAGCGGGUGCCCCGGGCCUGUGUGUGCCCUCGCAGGAGUGCGGCUUUGUGAAGCAGCUGCAGGACAUUUACGGACGGAAUAUACCGCGACGCUUGCAGAACCAAAUGCGGCAGAUGCAGUGCAACGGGAAGACAGAUGAAUUUCAUUUAUGCUGCCCCGGCGACACUGGCACACGCAUGGAACAAGCCGAACAGCGCUUCACAGCCACAAAGACGGCGAGGGCUGCGCCCGGCGAUCUAAAUCGCAUCGAUCCGGCGGGUUAUCGGCUGCUCGACUCUGUCACGCAGUGCGGCAAUCGUGGCAAUCCCAAGGUGAGUGGCGGCCGCAACUCAAAGCCGGGAGAGUUUCCCUGGGUGGCGCUGCUCAAGUACGAGACCUCGGGACGUCAGUUCCUGUGCGGCGGCAGCCUGAUCAGCGAUCGUUUCAUACUCACCGCGGCACAUUGCAUCGUGCAACAGCCACCGCUAAUUGGCGUGCGGCUGGGUGAACACGAUUUGGCCAGGGAAGAGGAUUGCACGUACUUGGGCGGCAUUCAUAGGGUGUGCCAGCCGCCCCACGAGGACUUUGGCGUGGACGAUGUGCGCGUGCAUCCCAGCUACUCGCAUGGUUCGAUCAACAAUGACAUUGCGCUGAUCAAGCUGGAUCGCAGUGUGGUGCUGCCCAAGUCACACAUUGCACCCGUUUGCCUGCCCAUCGACGACGAGUCCAAGCAGCUGGCCCACGAUCAGAGCUUCCUGAUUGCCGGCUGGGGUCGCACGGACAAGGAGGAUGCUGCCUCCAUACAGCAGCGGGCACUCAUCACCCGCAAGGAUGUCUCCGUGUGCCGCAAUUACUACAACAAUGCGCCCGUCAAUGAGAAUCACAUCUGCGCCACCGGCUCCGGCAUCGCACACACCUGUCGCGGCGACUCUGGUGGCCCGCUGUUCUUCAAGCAUCGCUUCAAGCAGCACUAUCGCUUCGUGCAGUACGGCGUCAUCUCGUUUGGCGGCCAGCGCUGCGGCACGAACAGGAAUCAGCCGGGCGUCUUUGCCAACAUCAUUGACAUGUUGCCCUGGAUAACGCAGAAUUUAUAUUGAUUGGGAAUCUCAUCUGCCUGACAGAUCCUUACCAAUACCGUCCACUACUCCACUGUUUCGCUUUAUUUAUGUCCAUAGCUUUAGCAGCCCUUUGCCAUAGAUAUUUUUAACGUUUUUGGUUUAGUUUUUGUAUAAUAAAUGUGUUAAAAUAUA